UUAUUACAAGAAGAAAACAAGGCCGAUGAGAAGAAAAGAGAGCAGUUGAGUAUAAUUUCAUUGAAACUCAAAUGCGUCUUCUCUAAUCUGGAAUUCAAUUUCAUAAGGAACAUUUCGCUUGAUUACCCACAAACUGAUUUUUUGUUCCAGUUCAUCAGCACGGACCCAUCUUAAUUUUGUAGAUCAUCGCCGUCAUCUGCGGCGGAAUUCUCUGGUGUUGCUUCCAAGUUCUGCGGCGGCGAUGUGAAUAUCCAUUGAGAGUAUUUGUAGAAGAAGAAGAAUAUGGAGACCCAACAGUCAGGGAGGUUGAGAUUCUCGUUUAGGAAUGCGACCGUAGCUGUGUGCUUGUUGAACCUGGUGGCGGCUUUUCUUAUGCUUCAGGGUUUCUUGUUUGCUGCCUCUUCCCGCAAUAGAUCCUCCUCAACAAAUCCUAAUUUGGAUCAACUGAAAUAUAUCAGGGAAUCAGAAGAGAUUCGACUUGCCAUGCAGCCAUUGGAACUGAUUAAAAGGGUAAGGGAAAUUCAGCAGGAAGCAUACUAUGAAAGUGAAGAUAUACAAGAGAAAGACUCCAAGCAGAAUGCUGCCAUUGAUCUUUCUAAGAGAUUGAAAGACUUCCGUUCUCUCAAUGAUGCUUCCAACUUAAAAGCUUUGGAGGAAUGGCGGAAAAGGAAGAUGGAAAGAGCAAGAGUGCGAGAAAUGGAGAAAAAUGGGACACUGAGAUCUCCGACUUCUAAAUCUGUAUGAAUUUUACUUGUGUAUGUGAUUCUAAAGUGAAAAAGCUUCAUACCCUUCUUCUUAUACCGAAUUAGAUCGGGCUGUGUUCGGGUUCAAAGACAGAAGAGAUAAGAAAGUCCUAAUACAUGUUUCAUUACUUUAACCUCUGCU